AUGACCAGCACCAACAACAACGGCAAUAAUGGAAGCAGCAACCCCGUGUACUCGCGGGUGCGCGGCAAGCCCCUGCCACAGACGAACAUACUGCAAACAUCGUCGCAACCACAACAACAACGACAACAAACACCGUCGUCACAGCAGCAAACCAUCCACGAUGCACGGCAGCCACCGCCGCCGACUACACCACAACUAAGGCCAGGACCACACGAGAGCCACCAGGCACUGCUGCCACGGCCAUCGGCCGACAGCCGUCCCCGCGAUGGUCGCCGUGAAUCCCGUGCCGAGACGGUCGACGACGGUGGCCACGACAACGCCGGUGAGAUGCCGCCCCGGACCGACGUCGACGACGAUGCAGAGGCUACUGGUGCGGCUGGACCUUCUGGGGGUACAGCAGCGGCCGGGACUGUGGCCGGUGCGGGCACGGCCAAGCCGGUAACAGCCUGCUUCAACUGCCGAGCAUUGCGCCAAAAGUGCGAUCGGAAGAUGCCCUGCUCACGCUGCACCCUGCGUCACCGGCCGUGUCGAUACCCGUCGGGCUCCAAUCGUGGCCGCAAGCACGGCAACUCGUUCCUUCACAACACAAACUCGGCCACUGUCGAUCGUCUUUUGUCCCGCAUCGGCGAGACGGCCGAACGCGACCAGGUCGUCGCCGCCCUGCUCAACUUUGCUGGUGCCAACCGCCACACACAGUCCCAGUCCCACCACGAUUCGCCCGCCGUGGCGGGGGCUCCCUCCUCGUCUUUAUCGCCGUCUUCUCUGGCGUCUCUCGCAUCGCCUCCACUGGGCACGCGGCCCUCGACGACUGCCGGUGACGGCAGCAUCGCCACGACGACGACCACUGGCUCCAACACCAUCAACGCCGCCAACGCCGUCGCCAUGGCCGAGCCCGAGUUCCUGGCCUCGCUUGUCUCGCCUCUGCACAUCAUGGCCGCCGCGAUCACUGCCGACACGGCCCCGUACCAUCUAAGCCCCAACUCGCCCAUGGCGCAGUCGUUCCUGGGCAACAAGGCUCGCAAAAACAUCAUUGACGAGCGUCUGUCACGCUACUUUGCGACGCAGACGACCCACCAGCGGGACUGGCAGGUGUUGGCCACGCAGCCCAUUGAUAGCCCUCUGAAACUCGAGACCACUACCUGUGACCCGGUCGCUGCGCGCAUCAUCGACCAGGACGAUGUCGUGUGGUACUUUAAACUUUUUUUCAAAUACCGCAGCCCGCUUGUCGGUCUGCUGGACCCCGUCCUGCACACGCCCGAGUACGUCCGGGCUACCUCAUUUGUUCUCUUCUCCGCGCUCUGUGCGCUCGGCUGUGCCGUCUCGGAUCGCCCGCGCGACCGCGUCGUCUACCCGGCUUUGCUUUCGCUCGCCGAGGGCAACAUGAAGUGGGCCAUUGCCGUCUGCGUCAAGUCGCUCGAGACCAUCCAGGCCAUCAUCGUUAUGCAGUACUGGGCCCCCGUCAGCCAGCGCCAAGCCGACGAUCCGUACUGGCUACGCCUCAGCCACGCCGUCCAGCUCGGCCGCGAGCUCGGCAUCCACCGCCCGGCCACCAUUGCCGAGCAGGUCAACAACGAGGUGGCCCAGAUCCCCGGUGGCGCCACACCCGAGUUUCGUGAGCGCCUGUUUCGCAACUUUGAGCGCACCUGGCUCUACACGUUUAUUUCCGACAAGAGCUUUGGAAUCAUCACAGGCCGCUCCAUGGGCGUGGCUUGGAAAGAGAUGCCUGCAUACGCGUCCGAGUGGUGGCGCAAGCCCAUGACAGGGCCCGUCGACCGCAUUGUGAGCGGCAUCAUUGAGAUGCGCGGCCUCUUUCUGGCGGCCAUGGAGCAGCGCAAGCGCGUUGCCAACACCCUGGCUGCCGUUGAGCAGUGGCAUGCUCAGACGUACCGUGUCCUCGAGCAGACCCGCAACGCGCGCUGCGCCCCCUCGCCUCACUGCCCUUAUUUGUCGGUUCUCGCCUUUUACAUGGACCACAGCAUCAUGGUGCUCAAUGCCCAGGCCCUGCGCGACAUGAGCUCCAUUGACCUGACCGGCACGUCCCCGGAGCUGCUGCACCUGUCGGCCAUGAACGUCGACAUUGCCAGCCGCCUGCUUGACACCAUGCUGCACGACCCUGUGCUGCUCGAGCUCAUGGUCGGGUUCCACAACAACCAAUUUAUCAUGGUUUGCCACGCUGCCACCGAGAUUCUGUAUGCCAUCCAGCGCGGCGGACUCUCGCUUGUGAAAGUCGACCAGGCUGCCUCAAAAGUGCGCGCGAUCCCCGGCCACCUGGACCGCAUCGCUGCCCGCCUGCCCACGACGUCAGCCGCACACCUGUACGCGAGCCUGUCGGCAUUUUUUGUGGCCCAGCUCGACAAGGUUGUGCGCAACAAUGCAGAGCGGUAUGGCGCGGUUGUUUCCGGCUCCGCUGCUGGCGCCAGCAGCGUCAACAAUACCGACGACCGCAGCAUGGCCGCCGACUCGGACGACUCGGACGACUCGGACGGUGGCGAGGCAGAUGGCGGCGAAGGCACGACUCCGCAACCACUUUUACAGCAUCAGACACAACAACAGCAGCAACAACAACAAGCACAGCAGCAGCAAGUACAGCUACAACAGCUCUUGCAGCAGCAGCAACCACAGCAGCAACAGCCACUGCAACCGCAACAGCACAGCUCUACGACCUCAUCAUCACUGCGCGCCCUCGACCGCGUCAUCGAACCCGACCAGGACUCGUUGCUGGCCGACUGGUGGAAGACAGUCGACGGCGGGCUGCUGGACUCGACUACCUGGAUGGACAUGGGCUUCUUGAGCUCCGAGCAGCCCAUCCUGGGAUCUUUGUCGGCCACGGGCGGCAACAGUGCCGACGCACCGGACGGUGUCGGUUUCAACCAAAGCAUGUUUCAGUAA